GCCCGCCCACCGCGCGCCACUCCACAUCGGGAGCAGCGCGUGAAGAUGAUGCCAGCCAGAGAUAGAUGGACUGACGAGGGAGGAAAAAAAACCUGCACAGUGACACAACUAGAGUAAAAGAGGAGGCGGCUGAUGAGAGUGAGUAAAAAACUGAGAGAGUUUCAGAACAAAGGACAAAAAUAGAGGCAAGAGAACGAGAAAUAACCGGAAACCCGCUGGUAGCUGGUACCUUCCUACUCGCACAGAUGUCCAAGGCCCGCCCGGUGCCAGCUGAACACAGUUGACCGAGGCAGAGCACACAGGAAUGGUCACAGGAGUGGGGGAAGCUUCGGGGAACGGACACCGCUGGAGCUCUUCUCUCUGUGACUGACGGUGAGUUCAUUUUAAACUUCCUCCUCCUCCUCCUCCUCACAUAAAUCUGUCAGAAUUUCCUCUACUUUAAAAAAAAUGAGUCGCGAGAGUCAGUGUCUGACAUAAAACUACGGGUCUCUCCGUGCGUUUAUUUUCUUUUCAUACUGCGACAUUAGUCCACCGCUGCCAAUUAGUCACAGGACGCGCCGCGGGCGCGCACGCACGCACACAUACACACAAGCUGACAGCUCGUGCGUCAGAAUGGGCCAAGCGGAUUCCUCUCGCGUGGCAAAACCGGCAGAUGUUGCCACGCGCAGGCUUCAGAUAUAAGCUUCCAAAUUUUUAUGAUAGAUAGAUAGAUAGAUAGAUAGAUAGAUAUUAUUGGCAGUACUUUCAAAGACAAACAGCAGAAAAAAACUACAUUAUAAAGGCUGUAGGCUUUGACUUUAUUUGCUUUUUAUUAACAAUGAAGUUGCCACUUGGUAAAAUUGAUUUUAAAUUCUGUUUAAAUCUGAAAUUGUUGAAAAGCUUUCAUCACUUAUACUCAACUAUAUUGUAAUCUGUUUUAAUCCAUCCUUACAAAAUAUUUUAAACCACUUGAAUUUGUUUAUGUUUGCAGGUCAAUUACAUGAAUGUAAAUGGGCUAUACUAUGUGAUACUUUUGUGUUAAUUUUCCAUACGUACAUUCAGAAACUUCAUUUUUUUAAAAGAUAUUAAAUUGUCACAUAAUGUCAAACCACAGUUACGUGUGCUUUAUUUAGCACACAUCCCCCCCUAAUAAUUUUAGUGUUAGUGACAGCUACAGUAAUCCAAGAGUACCAUUCUUAAAUCUAAUCUAACGGUUAAUAGCUUUCGUUUUCAUUGCUCAGUGUUCAUAUUUUGUCCAGCUUUCCGCUGGCUUUGAAAAGCUAAUCUGUCCCUGGUAUAAGCGCAUUGGCUGGUUUGCCAUCUGGGCUGUAUUAUAGUGGAGAAGAGAAAGCAUUUGAAUAAUUGAUAUUAAGCUAUUUAUAGUGGGAUUAUUCUCUUCAUGUUGCACGGGGGGACCUAUGAACUGAUCUAUCUAUCUAUCUAUCUAUCUAUCUAUCUAUCUAUCUAUCUAUCUAUCUAUCUAAUCUAUUUAUCUAUCUGAUGUUUCAGAUUUCUUUUCAUGUGUUACAUUCAAGUAGUUUGUCAGCCCAGCAUCUAAAGUGUUGUGUGUGCUCGCGUUUUUGUCUACCUCAUACACCUCUUUUAGUCUGCAGUACAUCUGUCCAUUUAUCAUCCCUCCAUUUUUCUGUUCAGCCAGUGGUAGUGUAUCCAUCUGAAGUGGAUUAGGGGUGUUAUCAAAGCUAAGUAGGACGACUGUUCACACACUCACAUAUGCACACACACACACAGACACAGACACACACACAUAGCCUCAUACGUCUGUGCUACUCUCACUCCAUUUCACUCCCCAAGGACCAUUGACCAUUGUUAGCCCUCUCUCAAGCCUCUUUCGCUUUUGUGUAAGUGUGUGUGUGUAUGUGUGUGUGAGUGUGUUUGACGGUAAACACUCUGAUCAAACAGUGCUUAACAAGCUGCCUGAACUGAUAACAGAGAGAGGAGAGGAAGAGGGGAUGAGAGAGGAAAGAGGAAGGAAAAGGGGAAAGGGUUGUCAGGAGCGGGGUGAGGUUAGGUACUGACAAAAAAGGAUGAAAGUGCGAUUUUGUCUUCAUUAAAUCCUUAAAAUAAACAGAAAUUACCAAACAAAAAAGCAAAAAAAAGACGUUACAGACAUUUCCAGGUAUUGUGAAGAAACCAUCCUGAGUGUAGUUUAAAGUUGCCUUUUGUUAAUUCAUUUUCCAGCUAUCUUUAAAAUGAACCUCUCCAUUAAUACUCUCCAUUAGAUUUAUUAUUUGACCCCACGCCAAGACUAACAUGCAAGCGAAGUUAUCUUCCUGCUUUUUGCCUCAUGUGUUUUCAUCACUUUUCAAGCUUUCUAAAAACCCCACCACACAGUUGAAAGGAACAGGAAAAGCGGCUGAUAUGUAACAAAGAUCAUGAGCCAGAUGUUAACCUACUGCAGCACCAGCACACAGUUAUCCGCGCCUCCAUCUACUGACUUGCACCAAUGCCCUCCCUUUCUCAGUUAUGGUCUGUCUUUUUUAACUCUCCCAUGAAAAAUCAUCAGCUUUCUGAAAAACUCUGGGACAUUCGACAAAACAUCUUUGAAGUGUUUCUCUUAAAUUAUUGUCUUUAACUCUAUGUGCUUUUUUGCAGCUCUAUAGGACACUGCAGUUCAAUUUUACCAUAAAGGUGCAAGUGGCUCAGCUCCUCUGACAGAUCUGACACCUUUUUUACUAUCCAGGUAAGCAGGAGACACAGUCCAAGUGAGAUCAUGAUGUGUGUCUAUUAAUUGUCAAACACAGUGCAGCAACAGAAGCUGAACAGAAACAUUCUACUUUGUGUUUUAAUGUUUACAUAAGCCCUUUUGAUGCAUUUAAAUGAUUAAAAACAAAUUAGAAAAUACAGAAAAUUAAGACAUCUAUCUUUCUUUUAUAUGCUUUUACUCUAAGAUAAUGAAAAUAAAUGAAAGUAAAUAUUUGAUCUGCCUAUUACUAAAGGAUAAAAUGAUACUGAAGCUCCAGACCUUGCAUUACACAGCGUCAGUUCAAAGUGAGAUUGUAGUGUGAAACCUUAAGUAUGGAUGCUUAAUACAGUACAUACUAACAUAAGAAGGCAUGUUGUUUUUGGGCUUUAAUUGAUCAAAUAUUGGACUAUAACAGUAGAUACCAGCGAGUAGAUUUUGGAGCUGAAGACCGUCAUCAAAAGGUCUGCCAUGAGUUUACCGGUCCACAUGGCGUCACUGUGUUUGCCGAGUUGGAGCCUUCAAAGCAUCAGCUCUCUUUCAGCACAAAGAAAGAAACUGUCAUGAGAAAAGAGGACCCAAAUGCGGAACAAAAAAGGAUUUGUUUAAAAAUAACUAAAUGAAAAGCAACAAAAACUACUUAAAAUACUGAAAACUGAAAAACUCCCCCAAAACACAAGAAGCAUAAUCCAAGGAGCCAGAAAUCACUGAGGACUCAUUAGGGACACAGGCAUAGGCAUAGACACACAAACGAGCAACAGGUGUGGCUAACGAGACACAGGUGAAACUCAUUAGUGAUUAACAAAGGAGGGAAAACUAGGGAAGUAAAACCAGACUAGAAACACAAGGAAUUACCUACUACAAAAUAAAAGAGGAAACAUUGAGAACAUGAGGGAAACAGGGUCAAACACAAACCGAAAACUCACAAGACAGGAUCACGGGAACAGUAGGGAGCAGAAACACUGGGAGAAAAAUCACAAAGAUUACACACUCAUAUAACAAAACCAGGGAAAAACUAAAUUAACAGACCAUAUCAUGACAGAAACAGCUCUGAGGCUUCAUUCAAUCAUCACUACCGACUGCUGAAAAUGACACAGAAAUUCAAAAAGCUAUAAUUCAGGGCUAUUUUUCUUUUGUUGCAAGGAAACACAAUGGACAGUAUUUGGGAGGACUGUUUCUUUUGUAAAGAGCAGUUGUCACCAGAAAGUUGGCACAGAUUUUUUAAAUGUACAUUUGAUUAGAGCUCUGAAUGACACACACUAUUCACUCACCUUUGUGGUAUUGAGAUGACACAGAGACUUUGUCGACAACUGUUUAACAUUUUUUGGUCAAUAAGGAUGAGUAUAGAGGGGAAAUGUAUCUAGGGCUGGGCGAUAUGGCCUCAAUUCAAUACCACAAUAUAUUGAGCAGUUCACCAUGAUAACGAUAAAUGGAUGAUAACUACUCAACAAGCUGCUCACCCCCUCCCACAUUAACUUUGCCACUCCAGCUGCUACAACUUUUGAACCGACCUCCAUCUCCUCACCUGUCUUUCCCUCUUUGUUACGGACUGGAUGGGGUGGAGUCAUGUCUCUGACGUAGGACAGCAUCUUAAAGGGACAUGAGACCAUAGCCUACCUACACACACCCAGAACCAACUUAUUUAUUAAUUUAUUUUUUUGACAUUGAUUAACUGACAUGGGCAAAAUGACGUUGGUUAUUGUCGUAAACUUUGGUAUCUGUAUAUUUUCAGUUUAUCGCUCAGCCCUAAAUGUACUUAUACUUUUGUGCUAUUAUGGGUGAACUCACCCUUUAAGUUCAUUGAAAUGUCCUUCCUUGAAACAUCCUUGAACUAAGCGGAAUCAAUUGAUGUGUCCCAAAUUGCGUACUUCCAUACUAAAUACUUGGAUUUUUCAAAUUAAAUAUUCUAAGCAUACUAUGUACUCAAUCGCCUAGUGCUUGAGUUUCGAGGGUGCAGUGUUGUCCCAAAUCGCUUACUGCGCAGUAACACUCCCUGGAAAUGACGAAGUGAUUUCUUCUACGCCAGUUUGUCAGCGGCUAGCUUUGCAUCAGCUAAUUACCGCCACCUUUUGCCUGCGCUCGUUCAUCCACUUUUGAGGUAAAAUGAGCAACAAAAAUAACGUUCAUCGCUCAUUUUUACACCACGGGUAACGCUUCGGAACCCGGCAGCUACCAGCUAACUUUCUAAAGAACUAACUAGCAUUCGACUGUCAACUGUCACCGACCCACUGGCACCACAGCUGUCCACAGCCAUUUUUACUGAUGAAAUGAGUGCGGCGAGUGUCCACAGUUGGAUACUCAAAAUCUUGACCAAUUUGAGUACGUCAUCCGGGUACUUUUGCAUCCUCAAUUUUCGCAUACUAUCCAUACUUUUUAUCCAUUUUGCAUUGAGUAUACUCAAAAUUUUAAGUAUUUAGUACUGGAAAUAUGCGAUUUGGGACACACCAAAUGCUUUCUAAGAUUGAUGUGUCCUCUCUCAUCCAAACACCAGUUGUGGUUGUGUCUCACCUAUCUUUCUCCAUUCCUUUCUCUGUGUUUCUUCAGUGAUGGAUUCCCCCACAGAUCUUUUCAACGACUCUUCUCCACAGAUCCGUGCAUUUGCUCCCACUCACAGCUCCACAGACCUCCCUGGAGUUCAUUCUCAGCCCAGCACAGGUCGUCCUGCCUUCCGACCACCUGGCUUCCCCCUCAUCCACCAUCUUCUCCAGCCAGGUGGAGCCCCCAGGAGACUCGGAGGACAACUCAAUCCAAACCUGAGCGCACAUAGACAUCUGGGGGACACAGAUUUGGAGGAAGACAGAGAAGAGAGGGAUGAGCAUGUGGAGCAAGAUAUAGAAGAUGGAGAUGGAGUGAUGGAGGGAGAGGAGAGCUUGUUGAUGGUGAAGAAGAGGCACACUGAUGCUGCCCUGGCAGCUGAGUGGAGUCAAGACGUCUUGAAAGUGAAAAGGAUGAAGCUUGAGAGCCGAGCAAGAGACGGGGAGGCAGAGGAGGGAGGGAGGAGGCGUGAGGGAGGGAGGGAAGGAAAGAGGAGAGAACGGGAGGAACUGAAAGAACAGCUGGAAGAAGCAAGAGAGAGACUGCAGGCCCUGCAGGAGAAAGUAUGGAGGGCUUUUGGAGAAAAGAACAUGGCAGAGGAGGAGAGGAAGAAGAGGAACAGGUACAAAGAAGGAAGGGAAGGAAGGAGGCGAGGGGUGGGAUUGUUAGGGGAGGAAGAGAUCACAGAAGGGUUGUAUGACGAGGAAGACAUCGAUGGAGGAGAGAUGGAAAAGGAAACUUUCUCCUUUCUUUCAGUUUCUCCUUUCGACAGUUUUCACAGACGGAAAGAGGAGAAGCAAAAAGACAAAGAGAGGAGGAUGGAGAGAGGAAGAGGAGACGGUUUGCACUUUGAAAGUGUGAUGGAGGGAGCGGGGUUGUGGUUGGAUUGCGGAGGACUGAUAAGAGGAGACUGGCAAGGAGGGAUAGAAGAAGAAGGUGAAGAGGGAGGGCAGAAGUUCGCUCAGGCACUGAAACUGGAGUUGGGCAGCGCUGUGGCUCGAGUCAUCGAUCGAGUUCUUCGUCUUUACACUGAGAUGACAGAUUUCACUCCCUCCUCUCCUCCAGCGGCCAUUUCUUUCCUCCCAUCUGAUGGAGGGACUGACGGGGGCAGGGAGAGGGGAGAGUGGAUGGGACUCUUAGCUCGAGAGGAAGAGAAAAUGAGAAGGAAAGAAGAAGAGAAAAGAGGAGAGCAGGAUGAAGAGAAAGAGAAGCAGCUUCAAAAAUCUUCUAACGGGAACAGUCUGCCCCCGCAUCGCUCUGAACCAACAGAUCUAGGGAUGUCGUUAACUGUUCAGAGGUCACCUGACAUCCGAAAGGCUCAUCCACUCCUCGGCCCACCUCUCUCUGCUCACCUGAACCCCUCUCACCCUAGCCUCUCCCUUCAUCACCCCUCUCUUCCUCGCCCUCCUCCUCUCUCUCACCCUCCCCUCCUGCCUUCAGCCCCACAACCCAAGGACCCUCCUUCUUCCACAUCCUUCCAUCCAUCCUCAUCCUCCUCCUCUUCCUCCUCAAAUUCCUUCCCUCCACCUCCCCCGCCUCCACCUCCACCCCCUCCUCCUCUCCCUCUCCCUCUCCUUCACUACUCCAUGCAGCAGCUCUUCUCUCGCUCCCUCCACCACCCUCAGCUCCCGCACUUACCCCCGUCCCGCAAGGACUACCUGAGCGACCCCUUCUUGGAGUUCUCGUCUCACCCCUCCUCUCACCCAUCUUUCCCACCGCUCCCCUUACUUGGACACCUGGACCCCUCCCUCGCCCGUCACGCUCAUGCUGGGAGAGACAGGGAGAGAGGGAUGAGAGGGGAUGGAGGGAUCAGAGGAGGGGGAGGGUUGGAUGGAGAGCUCUACCUGACAGCUGGAGGAAUAUCCUUUUUUUUUUAGAAAUGUGGAAGUCAAAGUUAUGUGUUGAUGAUGAGUGUUUAUCAAACAGGAAACAUUGUCAUCCUUAACUGGCAUUAUGUCUACACCCAGGAGGGCUUGUCUCCAUGUCAUCUGAAGAAAGCCAAGCUCAUGUUUUUCUACACACGCUAUCCCAGCUCCAACACACUUAAGACUUACUUCCCUGAUGUCAAGGUGUGUGUAUCUCAGCACAGUUCUGCAUCAGUCUGUUAUCCUACAAUUACCUAUACUCAAUUCAAGCACUGAUAGAGUCAGUGUGGUCAGUAAGAGAACUGACAUGUAUAGUUACAGAGGAUUUUAAAGAGAUGCUUUUGAGCACAACAGCUGUAGUCAAAAGCACAGUCAUUCCUCUGUUUUCUUAGCACUGUCCUGCAUGUUUUGGAUGUUUCCCUGCUCCAACACACCUGAUUCAAAUGAUUAGCUCGUUAUUGAGCCAUUACAGAGCUUGAUAACGAGCUAAUCAUUUGAAUCAGGUGUGUUGGAGCAGGGAAACAUCCAAAACAUGCAGGACAGGGGGGCUCGAGGACUGGAUUGAGAACCACUGAUCUAUAUGAACAUCAAACAAAAACACAAGGGAGGACUAGGACAUUAGUCAAAUAGAAUAGACAUCAGCACAGUAGACAAAGCAGAUAGAAGCAUUCAGACAUACAGGGUAGAUUAUGAGUCUUUCCCAGAGGAUCUCCUUACUCCUUUAAUGAGUUUAACUCCUGUUUCCACACUUUACACAGACUUAAUGUUAAUAUGGAGUUUAAUAGUGGAAGGGUUCUUCUGAAGUCAGUGUAUGGUUAUUGCUUUCUUAGUUGUAGGUAUGAAAAUCUUGAAAAGAUAUGUGUCCCUUAACUGAGGCCUUCAGGAAUUUGUCCAAGGGUCAGACAGGUAAAAAAAAGUGAAGUGUAACAAAUUAAAAUUAAAAUUCAACUUUAUUUUUAUGGCACUUUUCAUACAAAAAAUGCAGUUCAAAGUGCUUCACAGAGGCGAAAAACAAUUAGCAACAAUAAAACCCAACCCUCCCAAUCACACACACACCAAUGGACCCACACGCCCCCAACGACACACACUCAUCCUCACUGGCUCACUCACACAUACACACACACAAGCGCACACAGUGUGAGAAUUUAAGAUAUAUUGUUAAAGAGACAUGACCUGACAUCGAGACGUUACAUGAGAGAAGAGCUGCCUCUGUGAAACACUGGAGAUAAAAAUAAAAAUAAAAAUGGUAAAAAGAAAGACUAAAACCCGAUGGAAUAAAACUAACAAAUAAAUAGGGUAAAAGAAGUUAAAAUCUUACAAUCAAGUAAAAUUAAAUUUUUGAAAUCAAAUGCUACGCCCUUUCCAGAAAGAUCUGAGAAAUGGACUAGACCAAAAGACAUGAACAUAACCUGGAGUCUCCCUCAAGCAAAUCUGUUUUGAACCACUUUACUUGGACUUAAAAGCAAAACACAAAUGUCAUUCUCACAGCACAAAUCUCACCAGAAAAAAAAGUUUGUGGACGUUGGUUGUAUUUGCCAUUUGGAGGCCAAAUUUCUGCUGAUAAUACAAGUUUUUCCUUUUUUAAUUUUUUAAAAUUUUUUCCCAAAAUGGCCUUUUACAAUCUGCUGUUUUCUUUUUAAUCAGCUUAAGUCUCUUGUAUAAUUUUCCAAUCAUGCCUUGUGUAUCUUUCGUGUUAAAAAAAUCUACAAAUACUUAAGUUAUUUUUGAAGGUCCAGCGAAACCAGAGACUCUUAAUUCGGUAUAAAAUAAAUAGUAGAUUUUAAAAUCCUGAGUCCAAAUACUGAAUAUCCACAUGCUGUAGAUCAAUGCUAGAAUUUGAUUCAGGAAUGAAAUUACACUAUGACUGAGCUCAAACUGAAGGAAAAGAAAGCUAGGAAUUGAAAUUGAACUUGUUAUUCAAUUGAUCAAAUCUAUUCUGUUUAUAAAGCACAUCUGAAACAACCAGCUUUGACUUAAAUGCAUUACAAUAAGAUAAAAGAAAGAGCAAGAGGUAUGGUAUCUGAUGGCACAGUUCUCUAGUAUUUUCACUAUUUAAACCCUUUUUUCCAUAGUGUAGACACAGUACAUAAAUGUUUUAUUAGGGCUUAAAAAAACAUUUAUAUAAAAUCUGAACACAAACUAAACUUACUGGUUAAUACAUCUUGCAGCAUUAUCUGUAAAUGUCUCUUUCAUUUUUCUUCCAAGUUACAGGCAUGAAGAUCAUGAUCAGUCAAUCUUAAAUCCAGAAAUUCCCCCCUCUGUCCUCAAUUUCACACACAACACUGAACAUUUGAGUCAUUGUUUGGUGGAGCACUUCUGAACUUACUUGUUUGCACACAAAAUGGUCAAAAUGCAGUUGUCAAACAGUGAUGUUAUGGUAUAACGUUAAGUUGUUUUUACCGACGGAUAACAAUUCAAGUGGGAUUCACAACAUAAAAAAAUUGCUCCUGUGUGACUUAUUUUAUGAUUUUUCACUUUUUACUUUUCUACUGAAACUAAACAGAUUUUACCAAUUUAACUCUCGCUGCUGUGUUUCUGUUGUCUAGUUUAACCGCUGUGUGACCUCGCAGAUGAUUAAAUGGUUCAGCAAUUUCAGAGAGUUCUUCUACAUCCAGAUGGAACGCUUUGCACGACAGGCUGUCCGUGAGGCUCUCAACCGGUUGGUUUAACUUGGCACUGACUCAUGUCAAAGUCAUUUUCCUCAAAAAUUUUCACAAUUUCACUCAGUUUUAUAGGUUUUAACUUCAGUCACAUAAGAUGAGUUUAAUUCAACCUGUGGUCUGGACCAUAAGGAUGAAACAAAUGAUAAUUCAUGUGAUAACUUUUAAUCUGGGGUGCUUGUCUGUCUCCAUAACCCAGGGAAGGUCCCCCUCGUCUGGGCAGAGAGAGUCAGCUGCGAGUGGGCCGUGACACAGAGCUUUACCGCAUACUAAACAUGCACUACAACAAAAGUAACGUCUACCAGGUGAGGACAGUGUCCGUGAGGCAUCUCUGUUUGCCACUAAGCCCUUUGGCUCUCUGAGUGUAUGAGAUCUUUGUUUUGACAAUGAUCUACUUCACAGUGUAGUGAAAAUAUGAGGGAGACCUUGAGUCUGAUUGGCUACAAUUGUUCUUUAAUGAAAAAAAAAAAAGCACUCCAAGGCCGUGUGUUUUUAUGUAUGUAAUGCCAAUAUAGGAAGUACAUCUCUAGCUCCUAAUAAGGCCUGAGAAAAAAAGGGCUUUAGUCAAAAACACCAUGUGUUGAGGUCUUUCAGACAGACAGACCGGCAGUUGGAAGCAGCUGAUUUACUGAUGUGUGGAGUUUGCAUUUUGUGGCACUAGAUGAAAGACAUGAUCAUAAAUGAUUAAGAAAAUAUUAUUUGUGAGUGGUCAAUUUCCUCUUUGUUGGUUGCCAGUCUUGAAGUACUACUAACAAGUUGUUGAUGUAAAUGGAUUACUGCUCAAAUUGGUAGAACUGUUGUUCUGGAUUGCAUCAGAUUGGUGGAGUUUGCUCUAUAUGAGUCAUACCAUAGACUGUAUACACUAUGGACAAAUUGGUUCCGCCUUCUGCCAGUAUACGAAUUUGAAACCAAAAAGCUCUCUGUAAUUCUGUGUUUUUUCUCCACUUCCUGAAACAAACAUUGCGCAGUAGCGUUGUACGCAUUUUGCACAGCCCCAUAAGCUUUGCUGGCGGAGGCAGGAUUUAUGACCCAUACCGCAGCCCAUAUGACCCGUCACCAGAGGGUGCUGUUUUCGGAGUGGCUUCACCCAGAUGGCAACUGGAUUAGUCCAAAUCUAGGACAAUUUAAGCCUACCAAUAAAACCCAUAUGGCCCGUACGGGGAUCGAACCCACGACCUUGGCAUUAUUAGCACCACGCUCUAACCAACUGAGCUAACCAGCCUUGAGAAGAAAGUUUGCGUAUGCGUAAAAAAAAAAAAAAAAAAAGAGGGGUAAAUCUGCAACUAUUGCAGUGAUUACGUUUCACCCCUGACCUGAGAUAACCACCAGCUGAUAGUCACUAUCCAGUUUGAAAAACAGUUGAUCUCCUCGUAUCUUGUACAGAAUGGGCUCUAUGCACCAAUCCACUACUUCCUGAAUUUAAGGCUGCUUCUUUAUUUCCUGCCUUACAUUAUUGGACAAACUGAGUAAUCCAGGUGUGUCAAACUAGUCACAAUAACCAGUCACACUUGGAUUAAUUAAUUUGUCCAAUAAUGUGAGAUAGGAUAUAGAGAAGCUGCCUUAAGUUCAGGAAGUAGUGGAUCGGUGCAUAGAGCCCAUUGAGUUGGAUAGGGAAAAAUAAAAGAGUAAUGAUAGCUAAAGCAACAGUUUCAUUAACCAAUUCUUACAUGGACGUUUUAUUUCUUUAUGGAGCAGUUUGUACAUUCUACCUUUGCCACAUGAUCCCUUCACACUUUUCUGUCAUGUCUUUGCAUUGCUCAGAAGUUGUAACUGUAUCACAUACUAUUGAAAAGUACAGUGGCCCGUACGGGGAUCGAACCCGCGACCUUGGCGUUAUUAGCACCACGCUCUAACCAACUGAGCUAACCGGCCAUGUGGUCAUAGUAAAAAUAGCCCAAUUGCAACGCAGUUCUCUUUCAUGACUGAUGCUUAUCAAUGUUGUACCUCUACCUAUUGUUCAAAGUUCUACUUAGUGCCCUAUUGAUAAGUGCCACUCUGCCAUAUGUGCAUGCGCAAAGACACAACAUACCUGAGGACUGUGCACCACUGUGACAAUGAUUGAUACAGGACAGACAUUCGCUAAUCUAUCUCCUUCUGCUACGAUUUAAACCUUUAGGAUAAUAAAUGUAAAUGGACUGAGAAGUGGUGUAAUCUUAAGUGAUUCAUAUCUGCAGGAAAAAAAUCAUGGGUUGUAAUACAACAUGUUUGGCUUUACAUUUUUGACUAACACAUGCAAGUUGGCAAGAGUUCAUGCGGCUCAUUAUCUGACCUUUUUUCAUACCACCUCAGUAGCGAAAGAAAUGUAGUUUAUGUUUAAUGAUUCAUUUUAAUUUAAUUAUUUGACUUUUUAUAGUAGGUUAGUGACCAUAGAUUACUAUUGCAUUAAGAUUCAAUUAAGACAUUAAAAAGCAAAUUUGAUUUCACGCUUGGGGCUAGAUGUGCAGAAAUAUGGUGCAGAAUAUGACUUUAUAUUCAGUAGAAUUUUACUUUUAAAGGUAAGGCUGUAAAGAAAAGUGUAAUCAAAUUUUAUACAAGGCCACACCGGCAAGGUAACAUGGUGACAAAAGGCAGAGAGCAGUCCUACGUGGUAGCUUUGGUCAAGGAAGUCCAAAGGUUUUAAAUUGUUGAUAAAAAUGCAGAGAUCUACUAGUUCCUACAGAGUUUACAAAUGACCUAUUUUGAGUUAAAAUAUUCAUUACUAUUCAAACAAUGUGUAAAAUUGCUUAAUGUACACUAUGGUAUUCAUUUAUAAACUAGAAGUCCUCGCUCCUGGAAAUCCUUUGACUGACUCAUAUUUGUGUUUAGGUUCCAGAGAGGUUUAUCGAGAUAUCAGAAGUGGCUCUGAGAGAGUUCUACUCUGCCAUCUGGACUGGAAGAGACAGCGACCCCUGCUGGAAGAAAGGGAUUUAUAAAAUUAUCUGUAAGCUUGACAGUCCUGUACCGGAUGCCUUUAGACUGCCUGGCUGUCCUGUUGGCUGAUGUUGGAGCCAUUUUAUGUGGCACAUGUAAACAAAAUGCACAAAUGCAUGCACAAAACAUACUGAAAAGGGGAAUUUUAUUUAAGUUCUUAAAUGGAGAGCUGGUGUGGAAAGAUCCAGUCUGUUCUGCAUUAUUUUUGAUCAUGAUUUAUUUGUUGUAAAAAAACAAAAAAACAAGAAAAAUUAAAGGACUCUUUGUGCGCAGGAAGAGGCACAUUCCUGCUUUAAUGGACAGACACACACAAGCUCUAUAGAAGACUAACACAUUGUAGGCUGUGUGAGUCUUGUGACUGCACUUAUUGAAGAACGUGACCGUACCGCAGAAUUAAAGUGGAAUUCCCUUUCCGAAAUUCUUCAUCCGUCUACUGACUUGAGAUAUUGCAGAGUUUCUACACAGGAUUAACAAAAAACAGUCAUAGAAUAAAGAGUUAAUGAACACUGAGCUGGAAUGGACAGAAAUACACACAACUUUGUGUGUAGUGUGCCACCAUGAGAUGUACUGUUGAUAUUUCUAAGCAUUCACAGUGAAAUAUGAUCCGCAUUCCUCUGCAGUAUGUUAUAAUUUACAGUCCCUAAAUGAAAAAGUUCUGCGUAAACCCCUUAGAAUUUAAAUAUACUACUUACAACUAUUUACCAAGCAGUCACACCAAGAGAACGACAAACAUAGACAAAAAAAGAAAAAACAUCCUGAGUCAUUACAGUAGCUCAGGAUUUAAAGUUUUCUGAGCGGUGUCCCUAAUCCGACUGUUUCAGCUUGUAGAUCAACAUUUUUGAAGAAAAAGUGCUGGAUAAUCUUCACUUGUGUUUCAAAGUUAGCUUCCAACCAUUACACUUCAAAUAACACUGUUUAUCUCUUUCAGGGCUGUUAAACAGGACUACAUUAGACGCUUGUCAUGAUUGUUGUUAUCUAGAAAUUGACUGUUGCUUUUUUGUCGGUUUUUUUUUUUAAGUUUCUAAAGUACUUCUUUAUUCAGUUUGCCCUGCAGCUUUUAAAUUCUAGACACAUGUAUUACACCGUGACAGAAAAAGAAAAAACUUUUAUAUCCAAUCAGGUUUAAAAAUCUUUGAGACAACAUGAGGAAAAAUUGUAAAAGAGUGAUACAUAAUUAACUGAAACUAUUUGGGGAAAUGUAAGAUUUCAGUUUCCUCUGUUUUAAAUUUCUGCGUUCAGUAUGAAAUAAUUUUAGAGCUUCUGUACAUUAUGGCACAUUGUAAUCAAAAUGUAAUAAAAGUUCUGCCAAGAGGGACACCAUAUAAAACAAUGUAUUGUUCUUUCCUUGCUGUACAGUUUCCAUCAAAAUCUGUUUUUGUAUUUCUCUAAAGUGAUGCUGAACUCUUAAGGCCAGUUUCACAUUAAACACUAAACCACUAUAUUUACUGUAUAUUAUGAAUAUUAAAAAAAAUCUCUGUUCAUUAAACGUUGGUUGAUUGAUCAAGAGCAACACAACUCUGUUGGACUGAGCCUACAUGUAAAGUAUUUGUGAUGUGUUUUUAAGUGCAUGUUUCCUAUAUUUAAAUUGCCUUUUGUUUCAUAAUCUCUGAUCAUUCUGUCGUUGCUUUUCUUUAUCUUAUACUGUACAUACUGUAUUCUUUAUAUCUGUGCCUAAUUCAAACUUUGGUGAAUUUUGGUGAUGUUGAAACUUAUCAGUGAAUUAAAGUGAUACGAGGCUUGUGGUGUGAUAUCUGGUUUCACACACACAUGCAUAGAACACACAAGCUCCCUGGUGUUCAGGUUCUGGUAGCCAACACUAAUGCCAUCAUACUUUAAGCCUUUAAUCUAAUACCACCACAACAUCUACACUGCCACAUCUACACACAGAUACACACAUUCUCACUGACACUAAUACUUGGAUGAUGGCUUUGUAAGAGGCUCAGCUCAGGACUAAGUCUAGGCACCUGAGACAGCAACACACACACACACACAAUGUCUGUGGUUUGUAACAAAAUUUCGGUUCUGCAGUGAAAGCUGCUGUUCUUUAACUAACAAGCUGCAUUAUAUCUGCAGUUAUUAUAUAUGCAGGGAAACUCUUUAUGCGUUGCUGCUCCACACACUUUUUCACAAUGGUAUUUUGUAUGAUGGUCACUUUAAAAUGAAAAUAUGUUCUUGCCAUUGUUUAACUCUGGCUCGGAGGACGACUUUGUAGUCUCAGAAGGCUGGCAACCUGACCAAAUUCCUUCACGUACAUGUGAAAGUGUACUUAGACAAGACACUAAACCCCAAGAUACCCCCAAUGGCAUAGCUAAUGGUAUGUGAAUACAAGUAAGUAAUAUUAGAUGAAACGGAUUGGCAUUAUACAAAGCAGCCUCUGCUGUCACUAUAUGAAUGUGAUGUGGAUCUGUGGAUGCACCAAAAAAUACACUGCAUCAUAUUGCAUUGUAUUGUAUCAUCUGUAUUGUAUCAUAUGUAACACCAAAUAAUACAACAUAUCACAGCAUUACAUAAUUUAUCACUAUGCAUGGUAUUUCACAACCUAUUGCAACAUAUUAUGCAACAUGUUGCAUUACGUGACAAGACGCAAUAAGUUGCAGCGCAAAAUGGCAUAGUGCCACUUGACAUAACACAGCUUGUCUUGAUGCAGCUUGUUAUAACACAGCUUGUUGUAACAAACCAUGUUGUAACACAAUGUUUCAUAAUGCAGCUUGUUGUAAUACAAAAUGUCGUGAUGAAACUGGUUGUAACACAACUUGUAACGCAGCUUGUAAUAAAAUGUAUCAUAACACCUCA